AAUUUCGUUUCCAAGCUUUUCCGGGAAGCCAAUUUUCUAUCCUCUAGUACCCCAAGAGUUGACUUUGGAUAAACUCCAGAGUCAAAGUCUCCGUCUCACCAUCCCAAAUUCCCCCUAUGAAUCAACCACCGAUCAUCCUCGUUCUCGCAUCCGAUCAAGAAAAUUCAGGAACUGAACAUGGACGCCAGCCGCAUCAUGGCGAAGGACAGGCUCGGGUUCUUCGGGAUUCUCGGGGAAGCGCUGAGAAUCUCCGCCGCCAGCCCCAGGUUCUUGAUCCUCGCCUCCCUCGCAUCCUUCCCGCUGUUCUGCUCCCUGCUGUUGAACGAGUUUCUCCUCCAGCAGACGUUGCUUAACGCUGCCCACUUCGCGUUUGAUGGAAUGUCCGAGUGUAGCACUAGCGGUGGUGUCACCUUGUGCACCGUAGUGGGGCCCGUAGCCGUCCUCAGGAAAUGGGUCGGAGAGGCCUCUCAAGGGUUGGUCUUGAUGGGUGCCCUGUACUUGGUCAUUGUCAGCCCACUAGACCUCGUCAACACCAUAGUGUUGGUUCACAAUGCAUCUGCGAUUUAUGGAGGAGAGAAUCUGCCGAAUUUGAGGGGAUUUUUCGUUCGACCCUUGAAACAGAUUGGCUUCAGGGGGCCUCUAGUCACUUCCAUGUUAGCGCUUGUGCUCUGUUGCCUCACUUUGGUUGGACUUGUUUCCUUGGCAUCUAAUAUCUAUGUGCUGUCUUCAUCUUUCCUAGUAGUUGAGUUUUCCAGUGUACUCCCUAUCAUAUUCUUCGCGGCCUUAUUCGUGAAGUAUAUGGAGUGGAGCGCUGUAUGGAACACGGGGAUCGUGAUCUCAAUAUUGGAAGAGAAGCAUGGUGACAUUGCAUUGGGAGUGGCUGCACAUCUGAGCAGGGGGAGCAGAAGAAAGGGACUCGCCCUUGUGCUCAUGCUCUUCAUUUGGAGGCUUGCCCUGAGACUGUCUUGCCUCUAUCUCGCGCGGUACCGUAAAGAAAGUGGAUUUGUUGCGACGAUUGUGCAAGUCUAUCUAGUGUGUUUGGGGAAUGUGGUGAAGUGGUCGGUGUUCAUGGUGUAUUACUGUGGCUGCAAGAAACGGUUUCUGGAGAAAAAGAUUGAUGUUGAAGAAGGCGAAGCUGCUCCGCUCGUGAAAAGCUAGACACAGCGUCAUCGGCUUGUAACGUUCUGUAUGCAUUGUUGUUCUGUAUGUAGUGUAGUGUCUGUACUCUCUAUCCUGAAUCAGUUUGAAUAAGGCAUAAUACAUCCGCUUCGA